AUGGGUAUUUCCAGGCGUCCGAAGGACAAAGCUGCCCGUAAUGCCCAGUCAGGCGCAUCAGGAUCCCAAGGGGCUGGCGGGGGUAGACCAAAAAAAGCCACAUUUGAAGCGACCAAAAAGAAGGAGAUCGGAGUCUCUGACUUGACUUUGCUGAGCAAGGUCUCCAAUGAAGCCAUCAACGACAACCUGAAGAAGCGAUUCGAAGGCGCCGAGAUUUACACAUAUAUCGGCCAUGUACUGGUCUCAGUGAACCCGUUUCGCGAUCUCGGCAUCUAUACCGACCAAGUCCUCGAAAGCUACAAAGGGAAAAACCGGCUAGAAAUGCCGCCGCACGUUUUCGCCAUCGCUGAAUCUGCUUACUAUAAUAUGAAAGCCUAUCACGAUAACCAGUGUGUAAUCAUUUCUGGUGAAUCAGGUGCGGGCAAAACCGAGGCGGCCAAGCGCAUCAUGCAAUACAUCGCGAACGUCUCUGGAGAGCAGUCGGGCGAUAUCAAGAAGAUCAAGGAAAUGGUCCUCGCGACCAACCCCCUACUGGAGUCAUUUGGCAAUGCAAAAACACUACGAAACAAUAACUCAUCGCGAUUUGGCAAGUAUCUUCAAAUAUACUUCAACUCAACUGGCGAACCGGUUGGUGCGGAUAUUACGAAUUAUUUGCUUGAAAAAUCCCGUGUUGUCGGUCAGAUCGCAAAUGAAAGAAACUUUCAUAUAUUUUACCAGUUCACGAAAGGCGCGCCGAAACAAUAUCAGGAACUUUUCGGGAUCCAGAAACCAGAAACAUACGUCUAUACAAGCCGAUCAAAGUGCUUUGACGUGGAUGGCAUAGACGACGUUGCAGAUUUUCAAGACACACUUAGCGCCAUGAAGAUCAUUGGCCUUAGCCAAGCUGAGCAAGAUGAAAUAUUCCGCAUGCUGGCUGCCAUCCUGUGGAUCGGUAACAUACAGUUUCAUGAGGAUGACGGCGGUUAUGCUGCGGUUGCGGAUCAGUCAGUUGUAGACUUUGUUGCAUACCUGAUGGAGGUGACACCGGAUCAACUGAUCCAUGCCAUCACAAUUCGCAUCCUGACACCACGAAAUGGCGAGGUUAUCGAGUCCCCCAGCAAUCCAGCACAGGCAACCGCUACUCGUGAUGCAUUGGCCAAAGCCAUCUACAACAAUCUUUUUGACUGGAUCGUGGAGCGGAUCAACAAGUCUCUGAAAUCGAGACAAGCCACGGCAAACACUAUCGGUAUCCUGGACAUCUACGGAUUUGAAAUAUUCGAGAAAAAUAGCUUUGAGCAACUUUGCAUAAAUUACGUCAAUGAGAAGCUUCAGCAAAUCUUCAUCCAGCUGACGCUCAAGACGGAGCAGGAAGAAUACGCUCGUGAGAAGAUUCAAUGGACGCCAAUCAAAUAUUUUGACAACAAAGUCGUCUGUGAAUUGAUUGAACAGAUCAGACCACCUGGGAUCUUCUCUGCGAUGAAGGAUGCGACCAAGACCGCGCAUGCUGACCCUGCAGCCUGUGAUCGGACAUUUAUGCAAAGUAUAAAUGGCAUGUCUCACGCCCAUUUGACCCCUCGUCAAGGAAGCUUCAUUGUCAAGCACUAUGCGGGAGAUGUCUCGUAUACAGUUGAUGGUAUCACCGAUAAAAACAAGGAUCAAUUACUGAAAGGACUACUCAACCUCUUCCAGCACAGUGGCAAUCAGUUCGUGCAUACACUUUUUCCUCAUCAAGUUGACCAAGACAAUAGAAAGCAGCCACCAUCCGCAGGCGAUAGAAUUCGUACCUCAGCAAAUGCAUUGGUAGACACACUGAUGAAAUGCCAACCUUCGUACAUACGGACAAUCAAACCGAAUGAGAACAAGUCACCGAGCGAAUACAACAGCCCCAACGUUCUUCACCAGAUCAAGUAUUUAGGACUGCAGGAGAAUGUUCGCAUCCGGCGAGCUGGCUUUGCGUAUCGCCAGUCCUUCGACAAGUUUGUUGAGCGCUUCUUCCUUCUAUCUCCAUCUACUUCGUAUGCAGGCGAGUACACAUGGCAAGGCUCGAACGAAGAUGCGGUAAAACAGAUUCUGAAAGACACCAGCAUCCCAAAAGAAGAGUGGCAACUUGGCGUAACUAAAGCAUUUAUUAAGUCACCGGAAACUCUCUUUGCUCUGGAGCACAUGCGAGACAGGUAUUGGCAUAAUAUGGCCACCCGCAUUCAGAGAAUGUGGCGUGCAUAUCUUGCUUACCGCGCUGAAUCUGCAACCCGUAUUCAGCGCAUGUGGAGGAAGAAACGAACAGGUGCGGAGUACCUUCAACUACGCGACCAAGGACAUAGGCUUCUCCAAGGCCGCAAAGAACGCAGACGGAUGAGCCUCUUAGGAUCUCGAAGAUUUCUUGGUGACUACCUCGGGGUUAAUGCGACUGCCGGACCGGGCGCCCAGAUUCGAAAUGCUGCUAAUAUUGGAUCGAACGAACGAGUCAUGUUCUCCUGUCGCGGAGAAAUCUUGGAGGCAAAGUUUGGACGAUCUAGCAAGCCUAGCCCCCGUCUUAUUGUCGUUACGAAUAGCAAGUUCUAUAUCAUCGCUCAGUUGCUCACCAAUGGCCACUUUCAGAUUUCGGUAGAACGGGUCAUCCCCCUCGGGGCUAUCAAGUUCAUUGGCACGUCUACUUCUCGAGAUGACUGGUUCUCUCUUGGAGUUGGCUCGGCCCAGGAGGCUGAUCCUCUGAUGAAUUGUGUUCUGAAGACUGAAAUGUUUACUCAAAUGCAGCGUGUCAUGCCUGGCGGCUUCAACCUCAAAAUAGGGGACGUCAUUGAGUAUGCCAAAAAGCCAAACAAGUUCCAGCAAGUGAAGGUGGCUAAGGACUCCCAACAACCCGUGGACUUUUACAAGAGUGGUGCGAUUCAUACGCAACAAGGGGAACCACCUAAUUCAGUAUCACGGCCGAUGCCAAAAGCCAAACCUGUACCGCCUCGGCCAAUUACUAGGGGGAAACUUAUCAAGCCGGGAGGACCAGGUGGUAGACCAUCACGGCUCACAGGAAACCGGACUGCCCAGCCAAAGCUUGGAGGAGGAGGUGUAAGAACAGUACCUCAACCCCCAGCUGCUCUUGCGGCACCAUCUGCUGCGGCGGGUAAUGCUUCAACCCCUGUUACAGCCAACAAGCCUCUUCCGAUUCACACGAGAAAUCAACAUAGCACAAGUGGUGGAGCAAAUCGAGCACCACCUCCACCGCCGCCUGCCGCAGCUCCCGCAGCUCCCGCCAAGCCCAGAAUCAUGGCCAAGGUUUUAUACGAUUUCAACGGCCAGCGAGAUAAUGAACUGUCUAUCAAAGCAGGAGACAUGUUGGAAAUCGUUCAAAAGGAAAACAAUGGCUGGUGGCUGGCGAAGAACGAUCAUGGACAAGCCUGGGUUCCGGCAGCUUAUGUUGAAGAACAGGCAACACCAGCCCCAAGGCCGCCUCCAGCACCGCCUGCUGCCAAAUCGAAACCAACGCCACCAGCACCUCCAGCAAAGCGUCCAGCCGCGGGACGAAAGCCCGGAGAGCUUGGACAGCGUGAUUCCGGCCUUGGGUUGAACGGAGCUAGCAGCUCAGAUGGCAGCCGCAGCACAACCCCUACCCCAAGUCUGGGGGGUAGCUUAGCCGAUGCAUUGCUGGCAAGAAAAAACGCCAUGCAGCGAGAUAAAGAGGAUGAUGACUGGUAA